CGGCUCCGGGGACGCGCCAGCCGGGAUGCACUUUUAGCGGCGGUCGCGGCCGAGCGCAGGCCGCGCUGGCUGCACCUGGCGCCGGGGGAAAGCGGCCGCAGAGCAGCGCGCUCUUCACCCCGGGAACCCACCAUGGAGAAGCGAGGGGAGGGAGAGCCGCUCUCCCACCCGCUGGAGCCCGAACCCGAUCCGCAGCCUGUGCUGCCAGGGGAGAAGCGCUUCAGGCUGUGGUACGUGGGCUCGUCGUGCCUGGACAGGCGGACCACGCAGCCCAUGCUGCCCUGGCUGAUGGCGGAGAUCCGCCGCCGCGGGCAGCGGCAGGAGCCCGGCGGUGCGCUAGGCAGCGGGGUGCCGGCCCGCGAGGUGCUGCUGCUGCUGGGCUCCCCUACGCUGCGCUGCGUGCCCGCUGGACCCGCCAGUCCCGGCCGUCCCGCUGGCACCGGCUGCCCCGCCAGCCCCGCUCCCGCCGUCUUCAUCUUCGAGCACAAGGCGCAGCACAUCGUCCGCUUCAUCCACAACAGCCACGACCUCACCUACUUCGCCUACCUGAUCAAGGCGCAGCCCGACAAUCCCGACUCCCCCAUGACCUGCCACGUCUUCCGGGCCACCGACCCCAACCAGGUUCCUGAUGUCAUCAGCAGCAUAAGACAAGUCUCCAAAGCAGCACUGAAAGAAGAUGCCAAACCAAGUAAGGAUAGUGAAGAUGCCUUCUAUGACUCUCAAAAAUUUGAGGUCUUAUACUGUGGAAAGGUGACAGUGGCUCACAAGAAAGCUCCCUCCUCACUAAUUGAUGAUUGCAUUGAGAAAUUCAGCCUUCAUGAGCGCCAGCGCCUGAAACUAUUAAACGAGCAGCGAAAUAAUGAGUCAAGUUUGGACUUACCCCUGUGUGAAGGAAAUGCUCCAGCUUCUCCAUUGGGUAGCCCAUUUGAGGAGCUGGACAGCCCAAAUAACACUGGAGGGCAUGCUGCGAUGUUUACAGUCGGCAGCCAGACCAGCUUGGCCAACCUGGCCAGCACUCGUGGCUCCUUUCCAGAGCGAAUCUUAGAGGACUCUGGCUUUGAUGAGCAGCAAGAAUUUCGCUCCCGGUGCAGCAGUGUCACUGCAGUUAUGCAAAGAAGGGUUCAUGACACAAACUUGAAAACACAGCCACGCAGGAGGCAUGCAAGUGCACCCAGUCAUGUUCAGCCUUCCGAUUCUGAGAAGAACAGGACAAUGCUGUUCCAGGUUGGAAGGUUUGAAGUUAACCUCAUCAGUCCAGACACCAAAUCUGUUGUGCUUGAAAAGAAUUUUAAAGAUAUCUCCUCAUGUUCUCAGGGUAUAAAACACGUCGAUCACUUUGGUUUCAUUUGUCGGGAAUCUGUUGAAGCUGGGUUAAACCAGUACGUUUGCUAUGUGUUCCAGUGUGCAAGUGAGUCUCUGGUUGAUGAGGUAAUGCUAACCCUGAAACAAGCCUUUAGCACUGCUGCAGCUCUGCAAAAUGCCAAGACGCAGAUUAAACUGUGUGAGGCCUGCCCUAUGCAUUCAUUGCACAAACUCUGUGAGAGAAUUGAAGGACUCUAUCCACCAAGAGCCAAACUUGUAAUUCAGAGACAUCUGUCAUCACUAACUGAUAAUGAGCAAGCAGACAUUUUUGAACGUGUUCAGAAAAUGAAGCCUGAAAAUGAUCAGGAAGAAAAUGAACUUGUGAUCUUACAUCUACGCCAGCUCUGUGAAACUAAGCAGAAAACACAUGUUCACAUUGGUGAAACACCAUCGACUGUUUCUAACAGUGCAGUUCCAGAAAGCACCAACAGCGGUGGCAGGUUUAAACUUGACAUUCUGAAAAACAAGGCCAAGAAAUCCUUGACUAGCUCUCUGGAAAAUAUCUUCUCAAGGGGAGCCAACCGAAUGCGAGGCCGCCUGGGAAGUGUGGACAGCUUUGAGCGCUGCAACAGCCUUGCUUCUGACAAAGACAUUUCACCAGGCGAUUCCCCACCAGCUACUCCUCCAUCGUCCCCUGUAUCCUCGGCCUGGCAGCCGUUUCCCGAGGAAGGCUCGGACUCCCCCCAGUUCAGGAGACGUGCACACACCUUCAGCCACCCCCCGUCCAGUGCCAGGCGCAGGAUAACCUUCCAGAACGGGAGGUCCCAGAGCGUCCGGUCCCCACUGCUGCGGCAGACCUGCGUCGAGACGACAAGUCCUGUUAUUGGGGUUCGGCGCGCUGUCACUGAGAGUGAAUCUGCGUCGCCUGGUCUCCCCUCGUCUGUCUCUGCCCCUUCUUUCCUGAAAAGCUUUUACCAGGGCUCAGGAAGGUUGCUCCAGCACUCAGAAAGUGACUUCUUUAAGAGUGAUGGGGAGGGAAAGAAAAGAACAUCAACUGUCUGCAGCAAUGAAUCUCUAAAUGCUGCGGGGGCUGCGCUUACACCUCGCCGCAUCUCCUGGCGGCGGAGAAUAUUCCUGCAGGUAGCUUCACCUAUGAAUAAAUCUCCUUCCAAGAUGCAGCAUCCAGAUGGUCAUGAUGGAAGUGAACUGUUACCAUUAUCGCCACUUGCUCCACCCCUGGAAGAGGACCCUCUUGUAGUAUUGCAAAAUGAGGAUGGUCCAGAUAAAACUGGAGAGAAGAAAAACUCAGAAGAACUACAAAGUCUGUGGAAAAAAGCCAUCCAUCAACAAAUCCUGUUACUUCGAAUGGAAAAAGAAAAUCAGAAGCUGGAAGAAGCAAGCAGAGAUGAGCUCCAAUCAAGAAAAGUAAAACUGGACUAUGAUGAAGUUGGUACAUGUCAGAAAGAUGUCAUAAAUGUCUGGGAUAAGAAGUUACUAAACUGCAGAGCCAAAAUCCGAUGUGACAUGGAAGAUAUUCAUUCCACUUUGAAAGAAGGUGUACCAAAAAGUCGUCGGGGAGAAAUUUGGCAGUUUCUGGCUGUGCAACAUCGAGUCAGACACAGGCUGCCCAACAAGCAGCAGCCUCCUGACAUCUCUUACAAAGAACUUCUCAAGCAACUGACUGCUCAACAGCAUGCCAUCCUUGUAGAUCUAGGACGGACGUUUCCUACGCACCCUUACUUUUCUGCCCACCUGGGAGCAGGACAGCUCUCACUCUUUAAUCUCCUGAAAGCAUAUUCUUUGCUGGACAAAGAAGUAGGUUACUGUCAAGGUAUCAGCUUUGUAGCUGGAGUGCUGCUUCUACAUAUGAGUGAAGAACAGGCCUUUGAAAUGCUGAAAUUCCUCAUGUAUGACCUUGGCUUCCGCAAACAGUACAGGCCAGACAUGAUGUCACUACAGAUUCAGAUGUAUCAGCUGUCAAGGCUUCUUCAUGAUUAUCACAGAGACUUGUAUAAUCAUCUUGAAGAAAAUGAAAUCAGUCCCAGUCUUUAUGCUGCACCGUGGUUUCUUACACUGUUCGCAUCUCAGUUUCCAUUAGGAUUUGUAGCCAGAGUAUUUGACAUUAUUUUUCUUCAAGGAACAGAAGUCAUAUUUAAAGUAGCAUUGAGCCUACUUAGCAGUCAGGAAACAUCUAUAAUGGGAUGCGAGAGUUUUGAGAACAUUGUUGAUUUUCUUAAAACCACUGUUCCGGAUAUGACUCAGCCUCAAAUGGAAAAAAUUAUUACUCAGGUGUUUGAAAUGGAUAUUUCAAAACAGCUCCAUGCCUAUGAAGUAGAAUACCAUGUGCUUCAGGAUGAACUGCAGGAAAAUGUGAAUCCCUGCGAUGAAGGUGAACCUCUGGAGAAGCUGGAGAGGGUGAACAGUCACCUGAAGAGACAAAACAUGGAUUUGUUGGAGAAGCUACAGGUAGCUCAUGCUAAAAUUCAGAGUUUGGAAUCCAGCCUGGAGACUAUUUUGACUCGAGAGAACAAAAUGAAGACUGCAAUUCAGUCCCUGGAACAGGAGAAGAUAACUUACCAAAAGACUCUAGAGCAGAUAGUGAAGUAUUUGCCAGCAGAAGCAUUGUCUGACUGUGAACUGCUCCUGAAGGAAGUAAACUACAACCCUAAUAAUAAAAUAAGGAGUAAGCCAUAAACCAAGGUUUUCUAGGCAGCAUUUCUUCAAAAUAAGGGGAAAGAACAGUUGAAUAUGCUGCUUUCAAAGGACUUAAUGAUAGGCAAUGGUAUUAUCCAAAACUAGUGCUGGGACACUCAUAGCUACAGAUGGGCCUUCAAAUGUCAGUAUGCAAAUUCAGGCUAUUAAUUUUUUUAUGAUUAUGUAAAUAAAUCACAAGGGGAAAAUAAAGGAUUCUCAUGUGUAAUUAUGGUGAGUAAAUGUAUAUUUGGAGUUGCCUAAAGGAAAUGAGAAAUUCAAGUAGUCAAAGCCAAGAUAAUGGUGAUCUACAAAUUCACUCUGGAUAUGCUUGUCUUGUAGUGAAACGAGGAUAGAGUGUCUUUAUAUAUAUGUAUGUUGAAUAAUACUUGAAAUAAAAAAAAAGAAGAAUGUAAUUUUCCCUCCAAAGAGCAGCAUGUUUCACAUCUCCUGUGGAAAAUCUGUGAACUCAUGUGUGCCUCUUAAUUCUGCUGACAUUGUGUGCACAGACCAUUUAGCAGAACAAGUAUCAUGACUUGGUUUAUACAGAAAGAGCUCUAGUGCCAUCUGCUGCCUGGGCUGUACCAGUCAGCAUUGUAAUUCCACAUGCAUGUUUGAACUGGAAACAAAAAGGAUCACGUCAUAGCUCCACCUCCAUAACUCAGAGCUAAGAAAUAUGUAUCUAUACACACUCGCAGAACUUGCAAAGGCAAGAGCUAAUGGUGACUGCUACUUCCAUCCCAGCCUGUUUGCUUCCACCUGUCCUGGGGUUGGUCAUGAUGACAGGAGGAAGGAAGCAAGGCUGUGUAUUUAUUCUGAUGCUAAAUUUCUGCAGAAGACUUGCUGUCAGACGAGUUAGGUGUUAAGGGUUUCUCAUUUAACCAAAGAAAUACUGCAAGAAGCCUUGUCUUAUUGUAGUGGGAGCCAGAAAGCUGUUCUUGAAUUUUAUUUGAAGAGAAAAUUGAGGCAGGUUGCAGAAAGUUAAGCUUAAGUGCAUGAGAGGGGACCAAGCAAGUUUCAAAUAUGUACCUUUCAGUUUUCACACAUGCAGUCAAUAUACAUUUCAAAGGGGAUUCUGAGGUACAGGUGAAGUUUUAAUAAUGCUUUCCAGGCUAUUCCUGUUUUAAUACUGCUUUGUGGUCUUCUUUUUGAAACAGAAGUCAUGAAUUUGUAUGUUCUGAGCAGAAGGUGAGGUAAGCUCUGAUUAUUUCAAGGGAGAAAGUAUGUUUAUAAAGGUAUAAAAAGAUGCAUAUAGAUUUGACAAUGUUUUUAAGUGGAAUUUUUGAGAAGGCUUAGACAAAUGUGUAAUAGACACGUGUUUUGGAGUGCAUGUCUGAACUGUUAAUUGAGUGAUACAGUGACUCAUGUUAUCUCUUACCAAUUAUACUGUAUUUCAGGAAGCACUUAAUCUUUUUAGUAAGAAAAACAAUGAAGCCAAGUGCCAAAUCCAGCAGUGUCUUUAUGCAUAAGGUUGUCCAAUUUAGGAAGUAAGGACUGAGUAUCACUGCUUUCUAAGUUAUGCUUUAUGUUAACAUAAAAGUGAGGAACAGCAAUGCUGAAUUGCUGCACGCUGCUCUGGGACUUGGGGGCUUGGGGUCUCCUGGGGUUUUUUGUUGUUGUUUUUUACUUCCGCCGUGUUUUAUUUGAUUACAGAUGCUGAUUUACUUAACAGUCUUUGUUUUUACAGUUGGGGUGAAAGGUCUUAACACUGUGUAUAAAAUUAUGUGGAAUCUGUUUAGGUAUUUCAAGUAUAUUGUAUUGUACUAGGUGGGAAAAUGCCAAAUGGAAAGGCAGUUGUUUGCAGUUUUGUUCAGAGUGAAUUUUAGCUGAUGUGUACAUACCAAACCAAUCCCAGGAACUGCAGUAGCGUGUAUUACAAAGAAUCAAGGUUAUUCAAAUACAACUUUUUUUUAAGAUACAUUGAAUGUGCUUUAUCCUCUGUUUCACUUACAAAAUUUUUCAUGUAAUGCCUGGAGAAAUUCCAAUA